AAACUCCAGUCCAACUUCUCCUGAAAUAGACUCCGUAUAUAAGACACAAAGCUGAUCUGUGUUUCUUACCUUUGUCUCCCUCUCUCUCUUCGUCCCUCACACUCUUCUCAUCAGUCUCCUUUUUUUCACCAAAGGCUUUCUUUCUUCCUGUUUUCCUUCUGUCCCACAGCUAAGAUGGCAAUGCAAGACUUACUCAAAGCCGAUGAUAUCAAGAAGGCCCUGGACACGUUUAAAGCUGCUGACUCCUUUGACCAUAAGAAGUUCUUCGAGCUGGUUGGUCUGAAGGCCAUGUCUGCAGAGAAUGUUAAGAAGGUCUUCAGAGUCCUGGACGUCGAUGCUAGUGGCUUUAUUGAGGAAGACGAGCUCAAGUUCGUCUUGAAGGGCUUUUCUAAAGAUGGCAGAGAUCUGACUGAUAAGGAGACCAAAGCCUUCCUUGCUGCUGCCGACAAAGACGGAGAUGGGAAGAUUGGCAUCGAUGAGUUUGAGGCCAUCGUGCACCAGUAAACUGGAAAACACCUGGCAACCCGUAUCACAUCCUCCCGUCUUCCUGUCCCUCGCUUUGUCCCUUUAUUUAUUUAUGACUUAUUUUUUUCUUAUACAGAAAACACCCACAUCACAUGCCGGGAUUCUUUCUGUUUUUCACACCUUCUCAUCUGUCUCUCUUUUUGUUCUUAUUUUCCUUUUCUUCAUUUCUCACCUACCCUGCAACACCCCACCCCUCCCUACCCUGUCCCUCACUCCCUCGGACACAGCCGGUAAAACGACGAUGUGCAAAAAAAAAAAAAAACAA